AAUAUUCUGUAUACUCACAAUUUAACUUAGAUCUAUAUAAAUACAACUUUUAUUUUUCAAAAAACUCCAUUCUCUAAAACUUUUCAAACUCUAAACGUCUUGAUCACAAUGGCUCAGGUUUUACUAGAUUGCUUUUAAUUAAAUUCUAAAAUUGCUUUUUGACUGAUUCCUUACUGUACUUUACCGAUGUCUACAGACGAUUUAGAUCUAGGUCUAGAAAUCUGUCACUAUUUGUUUUCAAUUUCGGUAGUGGCCACCAGAAAUGUUAGGGAACUAUUGUAAAGCCAACACAUUUGUCUAUUAUUUGCCUCAUUUUGUGCUUGAUACUUACAGACCAUUACAGAAUGAAUCCUCUCUUGCAAGUUCCUAAGCCGUUGCGUUUUAGACUACUGGAAGAGGGUUAGUGCACUGUAAAAAAUGUAAUUCUCGUGGUCCUUUUGGCGGGAUAAAAAAAACAACUGGCGUAUAACUUAAAAUUGAAAUACUAAACAAUAGUAUUACAAUGUAGGUUCAUUUUUUUUUUCUAUCGUAAUCUUUUGUACAUUCUGUUUUGAAAGCCGUUAAAGAAAUGCCUUUAAAUUCUGAUAAUCGCGUGAAAGUGCAGAAAUGGAGGCCUCUGCAUGACUGGCAGGAAGACAACAUUUUUAUGCAAAGGCGGCGAUCAAACGAAAUUCUGACGUCCCACAUUCACAUGAAUGUUGGAGACGCCCCCCAGGCUUUGCGCAUUGGGAAUGACGUGCGGGGGCAGUUCACGGACAACGCUCAUGUCGACUGGCUAGCCAACCUGGGACCAGACGGUCGUUUCCUUAACAGGGAGCUCCCACUGGUCAUUAGGGAGGACAAAGCGCAGUCUAAUGGAAGGCCUUUACCCGCCUACGAGCCCCAGGGUAAAACGGGCUCAAAGCUGCAUUGGCUGGACAAAUUUAAGCAUAAUCCCCACGGGCUUCUGGAACAAGACAGCGAGGCAACUGUUGAGAACGGCAAAGAUGCUUUAGAGUUCAACAGAAACCUGAGCGACAUGCCCAUCUCGGCUGUGAGCAGUGAUAUCCCCGCACAUCACCCGGAAGGCCAGCAGGGUGACAAGAGGCCGGAGGAUGAUGAUAAUGCGAAUGACAUUGCGGAGAUCUUUCGUGUUUCCAAGGAGUCGGACUGGUACGCGCACUGCCUGAAGCACCUGAAAGUGAUAGACACCUACACCGAACUUCAGCAGGGGAUUUUUGUGGAAAUGAAAAAGCAAGUGAAGCUUGAUAGUCUGCUAAACCGGAAGAUGUCCUCCAAAGCCGAGCGUCUGACGUCACUGAUUUUGACCGCCGAGCAGACGCAAGCGCCUGCGUGGAUACGGAAAGCGUUCGGCGACCUCAGAGACUACGUGACUCAGCAAGCCCAGGCCCACAAUGUCUACGUCAACGCCCUCACUGCACACUGCACAGCUAUGCAGCAAUCCAUCAACAGCCACCAAGAGCUGAUGGAGUAUGUGAUGAGCAGAGCCUCGGAGUCGAGCUCUACACUACGGGACGACUACGAGCACCACAAGGACAUUGAGGAAUUCGGCGGGGACGGCAUGAGCUUCCUCCAGGCCAGCAACGUCUUCGAAGACAUUCGCCGGCCGCGGAUACGACUGACCAGCAAGUUUGACUUUCUUCAGACACAACUGGCAACUGCUUCCUCCCAGCUAGAAGAAGCCGAGGCGCAAAUUCUGGAGUCCAAAAGUCACGGGGAAGAAGUCUCAGCCCGUUUCAAAUUGCAGGACUUCAAAUUACGAGCCGAGUUCUUAAGGGGUCACCUCGAACAGCUGAGAUCGGACAUCAAGUCGGCCCAGAUGGAAAUUUCAGACUACGACCUCAUUUACAGGGACAAACUUCUGGAGGUCUUCAACGUUUUUCAUCAGCACCGAACAAGGUACGACAACGCUCUGAAAAAUUAUUUUCAGCUUCUAAGUGCCGUGUCUCUAAGAGAUAGCAAGCUGACCCUUGAACUGCUUCGUAGCACGCCAAUUGGAGACUUAAACAAGAAAUCGGCACAUGAGGACUCCUACCUCAACGAAAGCCAGUUGAUCAAAGAUUCGGCUGACGUUUCUGAAGGUAGCGCUAGCAUUGAGUCCAUCACAGAUGUAGAAAUCCAGCAGCCAAAGAACAAUAGAAAAGGUGUGUCCAAAAAUGCAAACCACACGAAAUCCCUUCACAACUCUAGCUUGAAUUCCAGCAACGACGCCAGCCCGAAGAGAAACAUGGGAAAUCUCACUAUGUCAUCGGUUGAUGCUCAGGACAAUCUUCCCCUAGCGCACUUCCAGAGAGAAACAGCUAAGUUGGACAGUGCCUCUACAAAAGAUAGAGAAUCCAUCGAAAAAUCGUCCCAGACUGAGACAACCACAGAAUCGAACUCUCAAAAAGGGCAUGAAGGGAUCGCGUUUAAAAACACAACGAGCUCUGGCGAGGCGCACCGAACGUUCGUGAUGAGCACGGAUGAACCAAGGAACGUGAAAUUAAAAGAUGGAAAAUUAGAAAGAGGCGAGCCUAGAUCCGAAUCACCAGAACGAAAGUAUCUGGAGAAGCACUUGCAAGAACUUGGCCGCCAAAUCACCGAAAUUAAAGUGGAAAGGGGUCUGAUAGCAAAAUAUUGUCGAGAGCCUUUGGACAAAGAUUCAAGUUUCUUAAGCGGAGAAGUACUACUGGAUGAUUCAUGCAACGCUUUUAGUAAAGAGUUCCAACAAUCACCAAAAAUGACUUCAAAUGCUGAUCGUUCAGGACAGAACAUGGAAGGGAAAAUGAAAGGGGCACUCCUGAACGACGCAUUCUCUAAUCUUGCGAGAGAAGACAAUUUUCAGGAGGUUGGUGACGACAGGCAGACGACUUCAAACGUUAGGCCACAAAAUAGAUCACCGUUUCAGUUCAACGAUCCCGAGGCCUUCCAGAUCCCUCACUUAACAAAGUCACAGCAUGGGUUGGUGGGUAGCUCCUCUCACCUCAACAGCUCGCAAGAGCUCCGGGUGUCGGAGCUCAUUAACAAGUACGCCAAACCCAAGCGAAAAACUCUAGGUACUAAUUACAAUAACUGCGAGACGAUCGAUGAGCGGCAGGUAGAGGCUGAGGGCGCCAGGGAGAACGAAGACAAGAUGGAGUUCGAGGGCUCCGAAUAUGACGCCAUGGAUCCGUUCAUUAGCAGUGCAGAUCUGCACAAUCGAAUUGUCAAGAUAUGUGCAGUCAAGCCAAUUUAUCCUGAUCCUGAGACUUACAGCAACGAAGAUCAAGAAAAGGAUGCUGAUGGCACGCCUUCAAGGGAGUCACCGGAAGCCUUUUUCAGAAGAUUUGCCAGACUAAGGCGGUAUGAAAUAACUGCUGGAUUGUUCACGGUGCCAAAGGAGAAUACGUCAGAUAAUCGAGCAGGCUAUGACACAAAUAUUUCUAGAGUAAAUUAUCCAAGCAGAAGUCAGACUGCUGAUGAACACGGUAUCUCACAAGAAGUCUGCAUAAAGCAAAAUAAUGCCUUAAAAAAAAGAUCUCCUUGCGUGUCAUAUGCUAAUGCUCCGUUUCUUGGACCCCAAGGAGAAAAGGGGCGUUCAAAUUCACCAGAAAAGAAAGACGAUUGCGAACAACACUCUCUAUUGUUAAGAGACGACUCGCAGAGCAACACAGAGGGUUUGUCGAAGGAAGAGACAAUACCAAAGUGUCUGUACUCCUCUGAACUUUGUACUAACAAAACACCAGAAUUAAACAUGCAGGAUAAUAAGGUUACCGAUAAGGACCUCAGCAGAGUUCAGCUUUGUGAAUGCGACGACAAUGCUUGCCAAAGUUGCUUCAAAGAACAAUUUUCCAACAGACAUUUUUCCGAAAGCGCCGUUGUCGUCUGCAGGCCACGUCGUCCUCUAAAGAGCAGUCUUAAAAAGGAAACCCAAAUCCAGCACGUGAUCAACGCUCACAUUUCCUCGCUCGUGGGAAUCGACUCCAGCAGCGACUUUAUUAACCGUGACACUCUUGGCUUUGGGCUGGACCCAAGAGCUCUUCAUCAGGACUUCUAUGGGGGCUACGACCAAAUCUCGGCCCAAGACUCGGCCAGAAUAAACAAGGUUACGAAAAAGGUGAGGUUUGAUUGCAUCGUGUCAUUCAACGACAACACGCGGAUCGACACGCAGUUAGCGCAAUUAGAAAGAGAGCUGGAUAAACAGAACGACACAUUUACUGACAAAUCCAACAGGAAUGCAAACAACGGAAACGAACAAGAUGACCCAAUACCACGCACUCGGGAAACUUUGAAGAAACCUCCUCUGGACGGCGGGCGCAAUUUAUGUAGAUCGUUCCUGAAAAACCCAGAUGUUAAGAAUACUAAUACUCAUGAAAACACUACUAGUAAAAACGUGAGACCAAAUUGUAAACAAAUAUCCAAUGUUGAUAAGCCUAAGUGUUCUAACAUUGGAGAAGAAUGCAACAACAAUUCGCUGCAUUUUACUCUAGAGUACAACUUUCCAAAGGCACUUCAAAAUAACCUGCAUAGCUCUAAAAAGAUGACCGCACCCCCAAAAAGAGUGAUUUUGUAUAGCGCGUACAGAUUUAAUUACGUCAACAAGGGGAGACAACGGGUUUCACUUCCUGGUGGAGGUAGCACAUUUCGGGACGAACAGACCAACUCGGACAAGCUCACAGCUCAAAAGCAGCGCGUGACGAAGAAAUCCGAGAAGUUACACAAAGAAAACAUUUCUGUUGAUGGCUCCUUGGAGUCGAGAGUCAUCAAGAAAUUAAUCGCGUACAAAACAGCAGUGAUGAACGCUUGGAAGAAUCACCCUUGGACCGGAAACUCUAGAAAGAAACUUUUUUCAAAGAUUGGAAAGAACGCAGGGGUUGCUUCUAAAGAUUCCGUAACCCGUUCGGAAUCCUCAUAUGGUAAUGUAGGUUAUAGUUUUUCAAAUGAAUCCGCUCAAAGGGAGAGAACUACUGUUAGUAUUAGGGUUCAAAAUACAGACAUUGAUUACUCCCCUUAUUUGGGCAAAUUUGGUUUUUUUGUCAGUUGUAGAGAUGAUGAAUUUUGUACUGAUCCUAGUGAAGAUGGCGGUUCCCGAUCUAACCAGACGAUAUCACGUACGAAUGAUUUAUCCCUAGAUAACAAUACACCUAUCUCAAAGGCGCAAAGUAGGCAUGAAGCUUACGUCUGUUCCAAGUGCAAGGUGACAAGAAAACUGUUUUGUAAGAACAGACUUACAACUUCACGUGAACGACUUUCUUGGGACCGAGACCCCGUGGACGAAGGUACUUCUUUUAUCGCUCACAUGAAAACGUCCUACAUUAACAGUGCCUUCGAGGCCGAUGAAGACCUUCGGCCAAACACCAACCACAAGGUGAAGCCACAGGCAAGCGAUGACGGCUGGGAGGAUAUCCCUAUCGAUGACGAUCCUCUCGAAAUGAACGGAGCUGAAAGGGGGCUGAGUUUAAUGACGGAAAACAAUCUCAACUUCAACAACAGUGCUCUGGGCCCCGACUCCGGGAGCAGAGACGUCACAGGAGCCGCAGAGCUGACAGAGCCCAACAGCAUACGUUGCCAGCGGGCCAGUUCUAAGCAGACAAAACCACACAAACACAGAAACAGAAAAAACGAUUUUGAAACUUUACAACGUGAAAAAUCAACAAAAACACCGGAAACGUCUUUGUCAGAUGCCGAUGACAAUGACAUGUCUGACAAUGACCAAAAAGAGGAACUAGAAAGCGUUAUAAAAGUCGUGAUAAGCUCAGUCAGGUCAAGAGAUAAGUACAAGUCUAGAUUGAGAUUUUUCAAAAGCAAGUCAUGGACAAUAUCCAACUCUGUGAAACCAUUAUCAAGUUUUAAAUUGAGAAAGGUCACAAGCUUGACAAAUAUUAGAUAUCACAGCGUUGAUACUAAAGAGCUUUCGUGUCCUAGGGGGUUUCAGUCUUUGGCGCACUUAUUACGACCAGGAGUUCUCCGACCAUUCAGAAGAACAUCAGACUAUCCACAGUUACACUCCGAGCCUCCUGGUUGGGAGUGCCGUAGCUCGGUGAAUGAGCCAGCACCAUGCAUAGGCUCAAGUGCUUUCAAACACGUUCCCAACGAAGGCUUUCCCUUAGGACAUUCAAUGAGGCAGACGGCAACAUUGAAAAACAAAGGGGUCGCCCCGAACUUGGUUAAAACGAGCUCCGAACAAAGUAGAAAAGACAUUUGUCGAAAUACAAUUUCAAUUCCUAGUUAUCCCCUAAACCAUCGCAAAGUCUUAAAGCCAGUGCGUUUUAAUCAAUCUGAUGAUUCUUCAUUACAAGUUUGCAGCUUUAAAAACUACAAAACAUACCAGAAAAUGAGAGGCAAAGAAAUAAAACCCGCGCCAUAUUCAGAUUCAGACAUACCACUAAAUUCUAAACGUUUUUCUAAACAGCCAGAGUUAAAUCAAUGCAAAGAUGAAGAAGACACCGAGCGAAUAAAUAUCAGCGAGAGAAAACAUUUCAAACAUGCGUCCAAGAAGAUAUUAUUCACUAGAGAUCACACAAAUAGCGGCCACUCUAACACUGGUGAUUCAAUGUCAGCCCAGACAAAUAAAGAUCCGACGAGGAAGGUGUCGUCUUUAGCCACGACAGCGCCAGAGGAGAUGGUCACUCUUCAGAAAAACAAAACGUACACAAAUGCUAAUUACCCGGAAGUGACGAAAGUGAAAAGGAAUGACUUUCAUGAAUCUAGUUUGAAAAAAGUGGUAGAUCCAUUAUCAAUGUUAUGUACACAGUCGGGUUUCAAUAAAGCAUUGAUAGUCAUUUCAAGAUCCGUUAAAUUGUUGCCUCGGACACCUCAGGCUAAAAAAUCAAAAGGGAAAGAGCAACAAUAUUUCAAUAAAAACAAACAUUAUAUAGGAAAUGUAGAAAAUCAGGUUCCUUAUAUUAGAGACGAUUCUGUGCGUCUUUGUUUAAAAUCAUCUCAAAUUCCAAUUAAGCUCAUGAAUACUAUCAAAAAUGGAACAAAUCAGAUACAAACUAAUGUCAAUUACCUAAGGACAGAUCAAAGUAGGCAGAAAAGUAUUGACAGAAAAGAUCAACCAGUAGAUUUUCAAGGUAAACAACAUAUCCCUGUUGAUGGGGUCCACUAUGGGAUGAAAAUAAAUGAAACAGACGAUACACAAAUAGAUGCACUUCGGAAUAACUCAGCUUGUGGGCCGUAUCGUUGUGAAUACACCGAUGGUGAACGCGAAGAUUUAAAUCCAAAAGAAACAGUUGCAGCCGUAGCCCAGGCACCGGAGAGCUUUGAUAAACAUCGUGGCUGUAACUCUAAGAAAACAGUUUAUUUUCACGGACCUCUCUGUGCCUCUAAAUACGAAGAUUAUGUUGACGCCGAAACAGCCCAGGAGAGAUUUUCGUGUUCAAAAAUUUCCCUGAACAAUUCUGUUUACGACAAGGACAACGCUAUUCAAGCUCCGAAAUCCGCCAGAGAAAGGCAUCAGAUUGUGUCAGAUUCAUCUGGGAGGCCAGAGCCAGCGGAAAUGAGUAGAUUAAUGUAUGCAUACCAAAGUAUGUACCCUGGAGACAAAAAGGCUCACAUUAGGCAAAAAGCUGUGGAGUAUUGUAACGACAGAGAGGCUUUGUUUCACGACUCAAGUGAAAAGGAGAACUACGGACCUGCCAACACUCCGAAUUCUCUUUCCCGCGAAGCGAGCUGUGCGUCUCUUUCUUUACCGAGUUCCCCUAGCGAGUCUUUGAGUAGUCAGGGCAAGCUGGAUUUUUACCCUGACUGGGCCUCAGAAAGAAAUUCAGCUUUUAAAGUUAGCCAGGAAGACUCUGAAGAAAAGCAUACAAAUGUCCCAGGCAAAGACGAUGUCAUUGUGGUGAAGCGACAAAUGACACCAAAAAGUGUGGUCGAAGAAAAUUCUGGCCUUUGCGAAAAGUCGAUUUCUGGUGAAUCUUCAUUCAUGCACAUUGCAUUUGACACUAAACGAGAUCUAAACCCAAUGCCUUUUUCUAACAACGAAACCAAUGAUGCUUUUAUGUUUUGCCAAAGCUUCACAUCUUUGAAACCAGACAUUUCUGCGCCGAAGACGGCGGAUGACGCACAGCAAAGUAAUCCUCACUGUGCAAAAUAUGUGUCAGAUUCAUCUUCGACUGUAUCGAAUGAUUGUAUUGCAAAGAAAGACUUGGAAGAGAAUUCUACAGAAGAAGAGAUUAACAGAAAGAGCAAACAAAAUAUCAAGACUAAAAGAAUGCAUAAAGAAGAAGGCAGCACAACAAUCUAUAAAAGGUCAUCUUUGAACACUGAAGAGCAUCAAUGUGCUAGGAAUGAUGAAUUCUCCAGCCAAACAGAUGUAGCAUUAAGCAGGUAUAAUUCCCUUAUAGUAGCGUUAAGAAGACGUCGCCCACGCAGGCGUGAUCCCCGCGAUUUGGAGGUGUCAUCUUCCACAAGAUUACAAGGAAAUAACUGCGCUCUCCAAAACGAAUGUAGGGACUCUGAAAGGGGAACAAGUAAGUUGACUCCCCAGCUUAUCCAGAGGCGUUUGACAUCCGGUUCAUCGGCGGCUACUCAAAAUAGAGUAGUUGUUGAAAAUACUUUGAGAAAGAUCGAUGAAAGAGCCAAUGAGAUCGCUUUUACUACUCGCCCAAACAAGAAGUCACCUGACUCAGAAACCACUAGUAAUAACAACAGUCUAAAUAAGAGAUUCUGUUUGGCCGCAAAUGACCAAGACGUAACGCCGAAAACGCCAUUGGGUAAAUGCCUAAAAGAAAGGACAUUCCCCUCAAGCAGUAAAACAGUUAAAUCUCCUGAGAUAAUCGAGGAUGAUUCCUUUUGCGAUGCCUCGCAAGAGGUCAAUGACAGCUCAAUCGAGAGGUUUCUAUUAAGUUAUCCUUUUGCUUACAGAUUAAAGAGGAACGUUAGGAAGCAUCUCAGAUCGGGUCAAAGACGAAAAAGACGUAGAAAAAAACGUGUUUUCCGGAACAAAAUGUUCGAUCCGGAAGUUGUGCUCAACGUAGAAACAUCCGGAACAAACAAACAAAAAGAGCUGUCUGGGAAAGUUAAUAAAGAUAAAUCCCUGGAAAGCAAAAAACGAUUUUCGGUUGAAAAAACAUUUCCCUCUGCUGGCCUUGUCCCACGGAAACGCCUUUCUGGUCAUCCAAAUAAAGCUUUAUAUAGUAACACUUCUCAGAGUGAUUUUUUUAAAGCUGCAAUCAUAAGCAAUCCACCAUCAUCUAAAAAUAUGCCUGUAAAAAGGAACCCGGUCGACAAAAAGACACUAAAUGCUUUUCAGAAAGACACGCAAGUUACAAGUGUAGAUUCCAAUGUUAAAAAAGCAGUGUACCGAGACCAAAAAGGAAUUGAAAAAUUCAGCAAGACCAAGAUGGCAAAUCAUCAAGAAUCUACAAAACCACGCCCUCUCUCAAAUGAUGCUGUCAAAAAUAAGAAAUCAGAACCACUGAAGACUAACCUUAAAAUAUCGACAGCCAAUGCACCUACCACUACAGCCAGCCCCAUGACUAAGUCCUCCAAAACCUUAAACAAAACAAGUAACAAUGUUGAAAAAGCUGCGCCGGUAAUGACUAAAGCAAAAGGUAUCACAAUAGCAGCUCGACAAUAUUCUGGCAGCAAUCAAGAUGGCCGUAUACAAAUAAACUUUAUCAACAAAUGUCCUAAAAGCUUCGAAAAACAAAAUUCCAUUUCACACACAAAUAAGAACAGAUCGCGUCUCACAAUUAAUUGCAGCAGUAAGACGGAAAAGAACAACAAGAGUAGCAGCAGCAUCAAAUCAGGGCAUCUAGCUUUAUCCAAAACUACUUUAAAAUAUGCGAAUUCUGCAACCCAAACCAAUACCGACGAACCAUUUUCCAGAACCAACAUUGUUGGAAACUUAUGCUCAUCAAAUUCUGCUCUAAGGACUAAUACUCCGUCACGGAAACAGAGCUGUUUGAAAAGGACCAAGUCGCCUAUCGGAACUGCCGGCUCAGCACGGCAACUAGUGUCGGAAAAGAAGCAGCAGGUAAGCUUCGCCGAAAAGCUGGAGCAUUUUGCAGAUCUAAAUGAUAACUUGAGAAGAACCGGUAAUACCGGUUUUCGAAACGACUGUUUGAAAUUUCACCACAACGAGGCGAAAAUAGCACUGGGAAAAGAGACGUCCUCGUCACUGAGAAACUUACGCAGAGAUCAGAGCAAACCUUUGCUGCCAACUUCCAACAAAAAAAUCCGGAGCGACAAUGCCGGAGAAAGUUUCGUUAAGGUCGUUCGUUACUAUAAAGGUAUCCCGAGAAGCUAUGAAGUGGCAUUCUUUAACAAAUCUGACACUGCUGGAUUGAAAACUAACCUAAAACCCAUGUUAAGCCCUGCAGUAGAAAUGCGUAUAAGGUCAAACAACACAGUUAACCAGAAUAGUAGUCAGCAGAUCAGAAAUCAAAGCUUAAGGACUUUAACCAACAUUCAAAAGAAAGGGUCUCUUAAAGACAUUCAGAUGUGUGAUUCCCUUCUCAGGGGCCACCGAAAACAGAAGAAAACUCAAAAGUGAAUUUAUAAAAAAAAAACAAGAAAGAAGAAGAAAUAUUUAAGACAGUAUUUAAAACUGCAUUAUAUCUACUGGUCACGACUUAUAUUCUAUGCUUUUAUAGGCACUGAGUUACACUAUUUAAAAAAAAUAGUUUUUUGAUACAAUAAUUGUCGUAAAAUUGUCAAAGACCAAUUUGAACGGCGCAAUAACAUAUUGGACAUUUUGAUCUCAUGUUUUGAGAAGUCCAGACCCUGAGUGAUAAUACACACCAUUAGAUUGUGACGUUACCAAUAGCGACCUUUAAGGCCUUAGUUAAUAGUAUGCUAGUUUGUAGCGCAUCUCCUCAUCACCAUCACAUGUGGACAUAAAUAGUUGAUUUAAAACCAGUGAUAUUCAGUCAAAACAGGUGUGAAUCUGUCACCAGAAUAUUGAAUGUUAAAUACAGCGAAUUAAAAAUCUUUCUCUGCUUUCAAAAUGUUAAUGUCUGUAUCUAUAAUGUUUUCUCUUUUUUUUUUUAUUUUGCUACUUCAGUUGUAACACUAGAAUGGAACCCUUGUUUUUGCUAGGAUUAUAUAUAGUAUAUACACAAUGAGAGAUAUUAAAAGCAGUUUACUUUUGAAA